CGAAGACAGAACCUUCGUUUUCAUUAGAACGCUGCUCCUUUGUUUCGAGAAUAAAGUCCCUGCUGAGCUGCUGAACUUAGCUGCUGGCACCGCCGAAUGUACCCAUUUACUUCGAGAGUUGUAAACACUAAACACUCAUCAAUUUCAUAACCUAAAAAACUGAAUUCAUACACUUAUGUUUUUUGUAUUUAUGAUUUAUGAAGACGCGAUCAGCAAUCUCGUGCAAGUGCGGGCCGUGCGGCAUAAGUAAAUAACGCGUAGCCUACCCCAAAUCAAAAUUUACUUUCCUUGAUCCAAACCUACGUUUACACGCGAAAUUCAGGCAAUUUAUGUCUCACGCGGAGUAGGCAAGGCCUCGGUCAAGACUUCUCGGAGGGGCUGAAAUGUUGUCUCUUUAAGAAUAUAUACAAAAACAAAAAAAUUAGACUGCAGACAGGCCUGCUCUGAAAUGGCAGGAUCCAAGGGUUUCCGCGUUAUUCUAGAUCUGAGUAGAUGUUUCCAGGAUCACAGAAAAACUGCUAGAGUUUUUAUUAAAGAGGAUUUCAAAACAAUCCAGGAUUUGCAAGUUCACAUUUCCAACGUAUUUGGGAUACAAGAUUAUUACCUUACCUCAGGUGAACAUUAUUUACCAUUACUAGAAGAUAUUGGGGUCCUUAGCAAUGGUGAGACAAUCUGUGUAAUACCCAAGCAAGAAAACACGGCCUUAUUGGAUUCUAGCAAUUUAUGCAGUAAUGGAAUAGCCGAGAAAAAGGCAUGUAAAAUUCCACAACAAAACAUAACUUUCCGAAAAGUACACGAAAAAAGUAAAGCUGAUACUGUUCGACUUUCCAGGCAUGCUGAUACACCAUUGAUAUCAUAUAAUAAAUAUAGGCCUCCGCGAAUGAUUACAGGACAGUACCUUAAAAAAAAAAGUAAUAACAUUAUUCAAAUCGAUGUGCUUAGAAACGAUAAAAGUAUAGAACCAAGCAAUGUGUCUGAAAAUGAACAAAAUGAAGACUCAUCUGAAAAUUAUGCUAGAAUGGAAAAUCUGACACGUAUACCGGAAGAACGCAAUCACUCCUUUUCUGAUAAUGAUAUCUCAAUAAAUGCUAUGCCAAAUGACAAAAUACAGACGAGUCUGGAAAAAAAUGAUUUUUCAAAUGAGAAUGGUAUUGACGGAAAAGAUGAUACCUUUAAAAUGACCAUUUCAGAAUUUGCCACAGGCGAUAUCGAAUUGGAUGUGUCUUCCAAUAAGUCACCACUAUUAAAUGAAAUGUCUUCGUUCAAUGUCUCUAUUGAAAAUAAAAAGACAUUUCCUUUAUGUGCAUCAUCACAAUUUGUGACUGAGAGAAAACAGAUUAGGAUACAGGAGGAAAGCACUUACUCCUUUUCUAAUGAUGAUGUCUCAAUAAAAGGUAUGCCAAAUGAAAAAGUACAAAAAAGUUUGGGAGAAAAUAACUUUUUAAAUAAUGAUAUUGACAAAAAAGAAUAUACCUCAAAAAUGACAAUUUCAAAAUCUUCCACAGACGAUAUUGGAUUGGAUGUGUCUUCGAAUAUGGUACCACUAUCAAGUGAAAGUUCUUCGUUGAAUCUUUGUAUUGAAAAUGAGAAAACAAUUCCAUUAUGUACAUCAUCAUCAUUGGCCACUAUAGGAAAGUUGAUAAGGAUACCGGGAGAAAGCAACUACUCCUUCUCUAACAUGCCAAAUGAUGAAAAACAGGAAAGUUUGGGAAAAAACGAUUUGUCAAAUAUUGAUUGCUGCAAGAAAGAAGAUACGUCAAAAACAACCUUUUCAAAUUUUGCCAAAAAGGAAAUUGCAUCUAAUGAGUCUUCAGAUAUUGCACUAACUUGGGAUAAUAGCAGUGUCCUAUCAAAUCUGAGCACUGAAAAUGAUAAUAACUUCACAUCGGAUACAUCUGUACCAGUUGUUAAAAAGAGAAAGCGGAUAAGGAUUCGUAAAAGGAAGAAGCCAAAGACAUCAGUAUUGGACUCUAAGGAAGAGGCACCUUUUAACUCUCUGUUCAAAACUAAGUCCACCCCAGAUCGUUCCUGUUCUAUUGUACACAUACGAUUUGGAGCAGACAAAAUUGAUUCAGAAAAAAUGGAGGUCAAUGAAGAUGCUUCAUCUGCUCCUGUAGAUUCUGAAAUUCUUAAUGAUGAAGAUACAAUCGUUGAUAAGUGGAAACGUCAUAUUUCUGACGCUCCAUUAUUAAAUACGAUACCGAAAAGUGGAGAUAUCAUUACUUUCAAGAUUCUCAAAAUUGGCGAAAACUACACUCCUCAGAUUACAAAUAACAUAAUAGGUAAAGUAGAAACAUGUGAAUCGGAAACUGGAGAACUCUCUGUAAAUAUUUUAGGAGGAUUGGAAGAACUAUCGCCGCCUUCUUCAGGGAAAUUUGGUCUUGAUUGCGAAGAAAACAGGAAAUCUACAACAAGAUCAUUUCUUUUCACUCAACUUAUUUCACCAAGGCUGCUGAACCUGUGAAACCAAAAACUACUAGUGUUUGUGAUAUAGGUAGUAAUAUGUUCAAGAUGUGAAACUUGUCUAUUUUAGUAUUUAAAUUUACUUUUGUUUCAUGAUUAGUGUUUUAUUUUGUGUUCAUAGAUUUGUUUAACAAAUUUUCAGCUAAUAAGAGGACGUCUAGGCGGUAGUUCCUUUGAAAUUGUCACAACUUGAACUUAUCCGUGUCUUGAUGAGGUGCGUAGCGAAGGGGCAGAUAAAUAGAGACUCACUUGUUAAUUUUAUUGUUUGUUUUACGCUUGAGAGAGUCGUACGAUUUAACAUAACAUUGAAUAUUUAAUAUUCUGUUUCUUUUAAACAAUGUCCUUCCAGAAUUUUCAGAAUUCCAGCUAUAGGUAAUUAUUUUGUAAAUAGUUAGUUUUGGCCAAGGUCUUAGGAACUUUAAUAUGCGACUCACUAUUUUAUUCUAUUUUUUUUCAUUUUACUAGUGAUAUACUGACUUAAAAUGAUUGGAAAAUGUUAAAUGUUCACCUAUUAUACAUCCCCAGUAUUUAAAUUUGUCCACUAUUUCUGGAUUCAAUUUCUGUUCUUAUUGAUUGUUUCAAAUACUCUUCUGCAGGCUAAGAAGCAUCUUUCGGA